AUGUUUGCUUUUAAACAGAGCAAACACUGCCAUCUGCUGGCCAAUAGGAGUAUUACGCUUCACUUCUCAAUAGCGCCCUCUUGUGUUCUGCUUUUGUCAUUACCAGGCCGCACCGGGAGGUACACGUUGAUAGAGAAAUGGAGGGAGACGGAGAGGCAUUUGGCCCCCCAUGAGAACCCGGUGAUAUCGCUCAAUAAGUGGGGGCAGUACGCAAGUGACGUUCAGCUGAUACUCAAACGCACGGGGCCGUCUCUCGGCGAGAGACCCACCUCGGACAGCAUCGCCCACGUCCCCGAAAGGACUUUGUACAGACAGAGCCUCCCUCCCCUGGCCAAGCUGAGGCCCCAGAACGACCGCUCCAUAAGGAGGCGAGAGCCAAAGCGGAAAUCGUUGACUUUCACGGGGGGCGCCAAGGGGCUGAUCGACAUUUUCGGCAAAGGCAAAGAGUCGGAGUUUAGACAGAGGGUCCUGAACAACUGCAAGACCACCGCCGAGGAGCUGAAGAAGCUGAUCCACCUGCAGAACGAGAAGCUCCUCUCCCUGGAGAAGCAACUGGACUCCAACGAGGCCGAGACCAGGUAUUGGCAGCAGAAGCACAAGUCCAACCUGGACGAGGAGAUGGGCCGCUUGGAGCAGAAGAUCAAGAAGAACGAGGUGGAGAUCGAGGAGGAGGAGUUCUGGGAGAACGAGCUGCAGAUCGAGAUGGAGAACGAGAAGCAACUGAAGGAGCAGCUGGAGGAGAUGAAGCAGAGGAUUUCCCAGUGCGAGAGGCAACUCAAGGCCUACCAGGCCCAGAUCCGCUCCAUCGAGGGGGGCAUCGAGGCCGAGAAGCUUCAGCUGGAGGACCAUGAGGCCCAGGUCAAGGGGGGGAUCAUCAGGGGGAAGAUGGAGAAGGUCAAAGGGGACCUGGAAGUCCAAGGCCACGAGAGCGUGAGGAUUGAGAAUGGCAGUAAGGCGGUGGAGAGGUCCUUGGGCCAGGCUGCCCGGCGACUGCUGGAUCGAGAGCAGGAACUCGAGCAACUCACCAAGGAGCUUCGCCAGGUUAAUCUGCAGCAGUUUAUCCAGCAAACUGGGACCAAGGUGACCGUCCUGCCGGCCGAGCCAAGUGACGCCGAGUUCCCCCAACCAGAGAAAGAACCAGCAUUUCAGUCCGGAUCCCUGAAGCGACCCGGAUCAUCUCGCCAACUUCCCAGCAACCUGCGCAUCCUACAGAACGCGCUGACGUCGGGUUUCAACCCAGAAGGGAUCUACGUAUAAACCGCCAUGUACUCCUAUCGCCUGUGGGAGGAGCCACAAGCCCCGCCCCCGAGGAUCUCCUGUAAAUUCCGCUAAGACAAAAAGAAAGGAUGGGGGGGGGGGUCACCCCCACAAUCCAGCGCCAGGAACUGUAUAACUGCACUGGAUCCGAUUAUCGGGGGGCGCUCGUGUAUUCGUUCUCAUACUCCAAAGUAUUAUAUUUAAUGUGUAUUAGAGACUGGGAGGCGGAGCCAACGCUCAUAUAUAUAUAUUUUUCAUAUGCUAAUGAGUUUUCUAACGCAGACCAAUGAUUUGUAACGUUUCUGUACAUGAUCAGUAUUUCCAGCCGUGACAGUGUUACCCGCGGGGCCCCGGGCCCCUACGCUUGGGGGGGGUCUCCCCUCGAUUCGCUACGACCGCUUUGUGGUUGGGCGUCACUUCUCUAUCGCUGUAUUUGCUGUUAAAGGGUUAAUC